GAGAGAUCGAUUCUUUCACCUUCAAUCCACUCUCCAGCUUUUGCACCUUGAUCUUCUGUCCCCCAUCGCUGCAGGAGCCACCGAUGUCUCCACCAAACGAAGGAGAAAGAAAAGAUGAGCUUCUGCAACAACCUUUAGUGUUCGAUUCUGCAGUGCUUCGACAUCAGCCCAACAUACCUACACAGUUCUUAUGGCCCGACGAAGAGAAGCCCAGUGCUGAGGCAAAAGAACUCAAUGUUCCGGUCAUCAACUUAGGUGGGUUCCUAUCUGGAGACCCAGUUGCAGCCAUGGAAUCAUCGAAGCUUGUUGGGAAGGCCUGUGAGAAACAUGGGUUCUUUCAUGUUGUAAACCAUGGCGUCGAUAGAAGACUCAUUGCCGAUGCUCACAGAUACAUGGACUUGUUCUUCGAAAUGCCUCUCCAUGAAAAACAGAGGGCUCAGAGGAAGCCCGGCGAGCACACUGGUUAUGCUGCUAGUUUCACUGGGAGGUUCUCGUCCAAGCUCCCAUGGAAAGAGACCCUCUCAUUCCGCUACUCUGCUGACCUACAAUUAUCCACCAACACAGUUGAUCAAGAAUAUUCCCUCAGCUUCUUGGGUGAACGAUUCCGGCAAUUUAGGAGGGUAUACCAGGAGUACUGUGAAGCGAUGAACAAGCUCUCCCUGGGGAUCAUGGAGCUACUGGGGAUGAGCCUUGGGGUCGGAAGGGAUCAUUACAGAGAGUUCUUCGAAGGGAAUGAUUCGAUAAUGAGGUUGAACUACUACCCACCAUGCCAAAAGCCACAUCUGACUCUGGGAACGGGUCCUCACUGUGAUCCCACAUCCCUGACUAUCCUUCAUCAAGAUCAAGUUGGAGGACUGCAGGUCUUUGUAGACGAAGAGUGGCAUUGCAUAAGCCCCUGUUCUGAAGCAUUUGUGAUCAACAUUGGAGAUACUUUCAUGGCCUUAUCAAACGGAAGGUACAAGAGCUGCUUGCACAGAGCAGUAGUGAACAGAGAGAAGUCAAGGAAGUCACUAGCUUUCUUCCUGUGCCCACAGACAGAGAAGGUAGUGAAGCCACCAAGUGGGUUGGUAGACAAAGAGCACCCAAGGAGGUACCCAGACUUCACAUGGUGGUCGCUGCUGGAGUUCACACAGAAGCAUUACAGAGCUGACAUGAAGACCCUGGCCGUCUUCACCCAAUGGCUUCAACAAGAAGAGAACAAACGAGCAGAAAGGGGAGGACUGACACUGACCGACCCAGUCAGCUCUUGCUCGUCCUUUGUAUCUUUGUAAACUGCCGAGCAAAGCGGCUACUUCGGAGUUUGGAAACUUUGGACUGAGGGGGAGAGCGAAUAGAUAAUUAAAUGUAGUGGAAGGAGGUUUCAUCCGUUUGUUCUCUCUGGGAGCCGAGGAUGCUUCAGCAUACUUUUUUUUUGUUAGAAAGUUUAUAAACGCUUGAUAAACAUUAUAUGGAAAUUAAGGAACCAUUUACUACUA